UACAUUUUGGUAUCCUGUAUGUUCCUAUAAUUCGUUUCUCAAUAAAAUCAUAUGACAUUAUCAGAUAUAGAGAAGAGUAUUCAUAUGUUAUAGGUUAGAUUUUGUGAUUGGAUAAGUGUCUCUUUUUAUAGCAUCUUGUUUCAUUAGUGCAAAAAUGGCAUCUCUUGUCAAGGAAGCAGACAAGGUUCUUGUGGUAUCAGGAGAUGAAGUAUGUCUUAAUGACAUUGAGGAUUUUGUCAUUGCUGUUAAGCAACAUAUCGGAGACCUUGGCAAAUUAUUAACCACAACAUUAUCAAAUCUGAAAAAGGAAAAUUAUGGUGCUUCUACUCUUGAUGUUGUUAUUACUAUUUUGAAACAACCAUGUACAAAAGAUGAGUUUCUUGGAGAAGCAUUAAGAAUUUUGAAACCUGAUGGUUCUUUUGUUAUCUACGAACCACUGCAAACAAUCAAACAGACAGAUACAAUACUUACAUAUCCCGAAAGAAUAUUUAGGUUAAAGCUGUCUGGUUUUAAAAUAAAAGAUACAGAAUGUGGGAACUUGGAUGCAGAUAUGGAAAAUAAAAAUUUCUUAAAGAAAAUAUACAAUGAUGUAAAAGAUGUUUGCAAAAUCUUGGCAAACAAACCUCCAUUUGAGGUAGGAUCUAGCAUUCCGCUAAGUUUUACUAAGGAAAAUAUGUCAUCUACAAAGAAGGAGAAUACUGUAUGGACAUUAGAUAAUCUUGUAGAUGAGGAUUUGAUAAAUGAAGAUGAACUUUUAGAUGAAGCAGAUCUAAUAAAGCCAGAUGCCUCAUCAUUAAAAGUCUGCAGCACAACAGGCAAACGAAAGGCAUGCAAGGAUUGUACAUGUGGACUUGCAGAAGAAUUAAGUGGUAAAGCAGCACAAGAAACUAGUGUUAAAUCUUCUUGUGGAAAUUGUUAUCUUGGAGAUGCAUUUAGAUGUGCCAGCUGCCCUUAUCUUGGAAUGCCUGCUUUUAAACCCGGCGAGAAAGUAAUUUUGCCAGAGGCACAGUUAAGCGUUGAUUCCUAAACUGUGCUCUUUUCGACGAAGAAUUUAUUGGUUCUAAUUAUAGUAAAUUACACAUUAUAUUAGGAUUCAUAUAAGGCAUAAUAAAUUACAUUUUAGUUUACACAAGUAACGAUACAUUACAAUUAUAUUUUGAUUCGUAUAAGUAACAAUUGCACGCAAUUUCGAGUGCGAAAUGUAUCUCGUCCUAUUAAUUUCAUAUUAGAUAUUUUAUUUCAAUGUAAAAAUAAAACGGUAGUAUUAUUGUCUUCUAAA